AUGUUUUUACCUCGUUACAUUCCCUUUUUAUUCGCCCUCAUUAUUCUUUUAUUUUUAUCCUUCACUACCGGUCAACAAGAUGACAAUUCAGAAUUUAAUCUCGAAAAACGGGGCUUAAAACAUCAUACACAUCAUACACACCAUAUACAUCGUACACAUCAUAAAAAUCAUAAACAUCAUCUCGAAAAACAGGGCUUAAAAUAUCGCAAACGUCACAAACGUCACAAACAUCAUCAUAAGCGCGGUAAAUACCACUACGGACCUCCUUCAUCCGAACAAGCCGACGAACCUCACCACGAAUUUACUCAUCUCAACAAACACCAUCCUCAUGAACAUCCCAUACACGAACACCCUAAAUACAAGUAUCCUGAAAACAACCAUCAUAAAACUUGCACCUCCCACGAAGCAAUUAAAACCACGAGUGCUAAAGGCCAAGAAAAGACCAGCAAUGCUAUAACUUCAACCAAACCUUAUACAAAAGCCACCAAUGCUGUAAGCCAAAUUAAAUCAUACGCAGAGACUACCGGUACUAAAGGCCCAGCUAAAUCUUAUACAAUAACUACCAGCGCAAAGACCACCAAUGCUAAGGUCUCAGCCGAAACUUAUGCAAAGACUACUGGUACGAAAGGUCCAGUUAAAUCUUAUACGACCAGCGCUAAAGCCCAGCCAAAGACCACCAAUGCUAAGGUCUCAGCUGAAACUUAC